AACCAUUCCAAACCAUCCACUCCAACAACACCAAAUAACCCAAUACAAUGUCUCUCCCCCACCUCAGGCCCUCCCUCGAGAGGCCCUUCCUCAGCGAACCCGGCAUGGAAACAACCCUCUACUACAAGCACCAAAUCGCCCUCCCAAGUUUCUCCUCGCUGCCCCUCCUCACCAACCCCUCUCACCGAGCCCUGAUCUCCUCCCUCUACGCAAACUACAUCUCCAUCGCAGCAGCCCACAACACAGGCAUCAUCCUAGACACGCGCACCUGGCGCGCCUCCACGCCCUGGGCAUCCGCCCUGAACAUGACGCCUGCCGAGCUCCUCGCCGCCAAUCGCGACGCCGUCCAGCUCGCCAAAGCAGCCCGCACACACAGCAGAGCCACCAGCACCAACGUCCCCGUUCUCAUCAGCGGCACGAUGGGUCCGCUCCAAGAUGCCUACGAGGACUCGUCUCAGACCGUAACCCUCGACUCCGCGCGCGACGCCUACAGACCGCAGGUGCAGACGCUCGCCGACGCAGGCGUCGACCUGCUCGGCCUCUUCACCAUCUCGAAUCUCAACGAGGCGACUGCUAUCAUUGAGCUCGCUCGCGAGGUCGGCCUCCCUAUCGUAGUGUCGUUCAGCAUUGGCACUGACGGGCGUCUGCUGGGCGGGAACUCGCUGGAGGACGCCAUCCGCGCGGUCGACGAGGCAACGGGUGGCUAUGCGGCGUAUUUCGGUGUCAACUGUGCCCAUCCGGCUAGGAUUGCGGCUGCGCUGAGGGAAAUGUCGAGUGAGGUGCGUGCGCGUAUCGGUAUGGUUAGGGGCAAUGCUAGUCAGAAGACACAUGAUGAGCUGGAUAAUACUGAUACGCUGGAUCGCGGCCACAUCCCGACUUAUCUGGAUGGGUUCCGUGAUGCUCUGGGGUUGUUGCCUGCUGUUAAGGUAGUCGGGGGGUGCUGUGGUACGGACGAGGAGCAUUUGGAGGCGAUU